AGGAUCAGAUACACAGCCACCUGCCCAUCACAUUUCUGCUCCUGCCAUCCAGGGAAUCCAUAGUCAAGUCACAAUGGAAUCAGAAGAGUACAGAAAGAGAGGUAAAGAACUGGUGGAUUAUAUCUGUCAGUAUCUGAGCACAGUAAGAGAGAGGAGAGUCAAUCCUGACGUGCAGCCAGGCUAUAUGCGGGCUCUGCUGCCUGACAGCGCUCCAGUGGAAUCUGAAAGCUGGGAGAGAAUCUUCGGAGAUAUUGAAGACAUCAUAAUGCCAGGGGUGGUCCAUUGGCAGAGUCCUCACAUGCAUGCCUACUUUCCUGCCCUGACAUCGUGGCCUUCCCUGCUAGGAGACAUGCUUGCUGAUGCAAUAAACUGCUUAGGAUUUACAUGGGCUUCCAGUCCAGCAUGCACUGAGCUGGAAAUGAACGUGAUGGACUGGUUGGCUAAAAUGUUGGGUCUCCCGUGCCAAUUUCUCCAUCAUUAUCCAAACAGCAAAGGAGGAGGUGUACUCCAGAGUACAGUGAGUGAAUCAACCUUAAUAGCUCUUCUGGCAGCAAGAAAGAACAAGAUUCUGGAAAUGAAAACCUCUGAACCAGAUUCAGAUGACUCCCAACUGAAUUCUAGACUUGUUGCAUAUGCUUCCAACCAGGCUCAUUCAUCUGUAGAAAAGGCAGGUUUGAUUUCGCUAGUGAAAGUUCGAUUUCUGCCAGUAGAUGAAAAUUUUUGCCUUCGUGGGGAUACCCUGAAAGCUGCGGUGGAAGAAGACAGAAACCGUGGACUUGUCCCUGUCUUUGUAUGUGCCACUUUGGGUACAACUGGCGUCUGUGCAUUUGAUAACCUGGCAGAACUGGGGCCAAUCUGUGCCAGAGAAAAACUGUGGCUGCACAUUGAUGCGGCUUAUGCAGGCACUGCUUUCUUGUGCCCAGAAUUUAGGACAUUGAUGAAUGGAGUAGACUAUGCGGAUUCAUUUACAUUCAAUCCAUCCAAGUGGAUGAUGGUUCAUUUUGACUGCACUGCUUUCUGGGUGAAAGAUAAAUACAAAUUACAGCAAACUUUCAGCGUCAAUCCUAUUUACCUCAGGCAUGCAAACACGGGGGCUGCGACUGACUUCAUGCACUGGCAGAUUCCUCUGAGCCGACGGUUUCGCUCAUUAAAGCUCUGGUUUGUAAUUCGGUCCUUUGGAGUGAAAAAUCUGCAGGCGCACAUCAGACAUGGGGCGGAGCUAGCUAAAUAUUUUGAGUCGUUGGUGAUUAAUGACCGGAUGUUUGAAGUACCUGCAAAACGGCACCUUGGACUGGUUGUUUUCCGAUUAAAGGGUCCAGAUUUUUUGACAGAGGAAGUUUUGGUAGAGCUGACCAAGUCUGGAAAAAUGUACCUUGUACCGGCCACUAUCAAUGAUAAGUUUGUUAUACGUUUCACUGUCACAUCUCAGUUCACAACCAGGGAAGAUAUUUUGAGGGAUUGGAACCUGAUUCAGCAGAGUGCCAUCAAUGUCACCAACCUGCACCAUGAAACUGUUAUCUCUAGCUGUCCUACUCCUAGCGACAACAAGAAUACACUGAAUACAUUCAACACCAAAUAUGAUGACAAGGAAAACGGUUUCCAGAAGAUCUCUAACCAGCCAAAACAUGGGGUCCUCCAACAUAAAGACUGGGUAGAAUCAAUCUCUGAAGAUGACCUAGAUCCUUUCGAUGACUGCUUCCCAGAGAAUGAGCCGGUAGCAAGCAAGCACAGGAGGGCAUCAUUCCUGUACAAGUAUUGCUCAGUGCAAGAAAAGAAAACAGCCCGCUCCCUUAGCUGCAACAGUGUUCCAGUACAUAAUGCUGAAAAGCUACGAGGGGAAUCUCAGAAAGGUGACAGCAUAGCUUCCAACAUCCCAGGAAAGGUGAUGAUUCUAGAAAAAAAUGCUUUUAGAAAGUUAAUCAAGUUCUACAGUGUCCCAAGCUUUCCGGAAUUCCGAAUUCAGUGUGGCCUUCAGUUUCCUUGCUGCCCCUUAGAGGCGUUUGUUUAAAAAAUAAUAUGAUAACUCUAAUAAACUCAGUCUUAAUGUACUGCAGAGCUGAUUGUUGAUUGUAAGGUUAGAUUUUAGAAGGCUCCCUAAUUUAAAGGGCCAGUACAAUGAGAAGAAGCACUUUCUAUACAUUCAAAUAUAAUCUAUUGUCAUAUAGAAUAUAUAAUAAGCUAGUGGUCCCCAACCAGUGGCUCGUGAGGAACAUGUUGCUCAUCAACCCCUUGGAUGUUCCUCCCAGUGGUCUCAAAGAAGGUGCUUAUUUUUAAAUUCCAGGCAAGUAUUGGUUGCAUAAAAAAACAAGUUUAUGGCGAAUCAGAGACCCCUGUAGGCUGUCAGGCCACAUAGAGCAACUAAAUAGCCAAUCAUAUGCUUUAUUUAGCACCCCUCAAUGAACUUUUUUCAUGCCUGUGUUGCUCCCCAAAUCUUUCUACAUAUGAAUGUGGCUCAUGGGUAAAAAAGGAUGGAAGCAUUUUUUUAAACCUAAAGUGCCAUAUGGGUCAUUGCUAGUUUACACAAGCAAACUAUUUUUGGUCAAACAAAAAAAGCCAAAUUGUGCCUCUUUUUAGCCAUGGCAGACAAAGAGCUACAGUAUGUGGGUGAAAUAGAUACUUUUUAAGCUGUACAGAAAUUAUACAUUAUAUUUGAAUUUAUAUGACACUUCGUUUUGCUUGAUAUUGGCCCUUGGCAUGCAAUACUCCAAUCAAAUUUACUUGCACAUUUUGGGGGAUCAAUAAUUUCAUAUGCAAUCUGCUUUCUUAUUGUGCAUUGGCAUAUACGAUUCAAUAAAAGUAAAUAUGUAUA